CGGUCUGUGUUGUUGAUGGUGCUGAUGUUGCAGUGAUUUCAUCAGCUUUCGCCCAGGGCUGCAACCUGCUAAAAACAGGUUGUGAUUCCUGUGUCAGUGAGCAGGAAAGGGAGGAAAGGCUGCAAACCUAUCCCCGGGGAAAUCGAAGCCCUAUCUUCCACACAACCCCGGUUGCCAUCAUCUUCUCAGUCUCGGGAGUCCCGGCUUUUCGGCCUGUUCGCCAUUUAAUUUUUUGAUAUUUGAAAACGUUGUGUUUUGUUUUCUCUUCCUCUCUCUCUUUCUGCGGCUCCCGGAGUGAGGAAACGCUACCGGCAUCGCUUCCAUUGCAGUUGAGAGUAAGCUUACGUUAAAUAAGCUCUGUUCUCCCUGACAGAGGGAGCGAUGGGAGCGACCUUGGCUGGAACAAAUAACCACUCUUUGGAAACUGGGAUUUUGGCCAGGGCUUAACCCCAGCGAGCUCUGUCUGUCUGUUUAUCGCCAAUUCUUGCUUACGAAGCGAGCCGUGCAAUAGUCCAUUUAAUUCUUCAAAUUACCUGAAUGUGACUGAACUGCUCCCUCUCCCUUCCCCCUUUCAUCCCCGAUGAUUCUGACAACUCGCUGUCGCAUGUAUGUCUUUCUCCUGGUCGAUAUUGAGCAAGAUUUAAAGAUGGAGACUGCAUGAGGAUCAUCCGAGGUGUGACACAGUGAGAGCUGCAAGCCUGGGAAUCCUUCACGUUUGCCUGCAGACACAUUAAUAGUAGCGAGAAACACUGUCUACCACCGGGUGCCCUGGCCUUUUGGAAAUACUGGAAGCUUCUCCAAACGGGGAUAUUCUGGCGAUGUGGGGACACUGAAGAAGGAAUGGACUGAUCCUUGGAAGGAAACAUCCUUUUGUGACUGCAAAUGCUGCUUUUUGAAUGGCCGAUCAUGGUAACCUGCCUAUAAAAGGAGGAAUCUGAGACUCAGCAGGACAGAGAUUUCUGUUUUUGUCUGUGUGCUAGACCUGGUUGAUGUGUAACCAACCCCAAUAAGCUGGGCUCACUGGGAUACUGCUGAAAGACUCACCGCACUUGGGCCACAAUACUUAUACAUUUUGGCCAGUUUAUCACAAUACCUGGGGAGAUGGAGGCUAUCUGGGUCUAUCAGUUCAGGUUGAUAGUCAUUGGGGACUCCACGGUGGGGAAGUCGUGCCUGAUCCGUCGUUUCACCGAGGGAAGGUUUGCCCAAGUGUCGGACCCCACGGUUGGCGUGGACUUCUUCUCGAGGCUGGUAGAGAUUGAGCCAGGAAAACGGAUUAAGUUGCAGAUCUGGGACACAGCUGGUCAGGAGCGAUUCAGGUCCAUAACUCGUGCGUAUUACAGGAAUUCAGUGGGAGGACUGCUCUUAUUCGAUAUAACUAACCGUAGGUCAUUCCAGAAUGUGCAUGAGUGGUUGGAAGAGGCCAAAGUUCACGUCCAACCAUUCCAGAUCGUUUUCGUGCUGGUCGGCCAUAAAUGUGACCUGGCAACCCAACGGCAAGUGUCGAGGGAGGAGGCAGAAAAGCUUGCUGCAGCGUACCGGAUGAAAUAUAUAGAGACGUCCGCAAGAGAUUCCAUCAACGUUGAACAGGCCUUUACCGAUCUGACAAGAGAUAUCUAUGAACUUGUCAGAAGGGGUGACAUUAUGAUGCAAGAGGGAUGGGAAGGAGUGAAGAGUGGUUUUGUUCCAAACGUGGUCCACUCCUCAGAGGAAGCUGUCAAAUCAGGCAGAAGAUGCCUUUGCUAAUUAAAGACCGGGAAUGUUUAAACUUGAUAAAUUCCCUCGCAUGUAGAGACUGUAUCAAAUAAAUGCUGUAGGCCUUUUUAAGUUUGUACAACAAAUUAUUCACUAUUUCCACAAUACAGAUAUUUGAUCAAUCAUUUUGUAAUUAAUGGGAACCUGACGUCUGAACCAGUUACCCUAAUUAGCUGGCAGAUGGGAAUGGAGAGUUUCCACCUACAGUUUGAAUCCCUGGGGAUGGGGGAGACAAGAAACAGCUUAUGUUUUUGAAAAUUUCUGAAGAGAAGCAUUGAAUAAUUCAGAUUGAACUGGUUUGAUAGCCAUUAAUUGACUUUCUACUACAAGAGAGGCAGUUGAAGAACCUGAACUGCUACUUUAAUUCAGUCUGCAUGUCCUCAUUCCCUUGUACAGUGCAGGUGAGGAUCUUCAUUAUAACCUGCCUACUCUUGAUUCACAGGUACAGCAAAGUCAGCCUCCCAUGACACAGUGUGAAAUAAUUUAAACUGCGUCCAAUAAUAAAGACCUGCAGAAGUAAAUAUAGGUAUUUUUCUGGCUAACAUCUACAUUAAAAAAUUUUACAGAUCAUCUCACUGAACAUACUCAGAGGUAGACUUUAUUCUGAGGGUAAUGUUCUAUACUUUUUCCCAAAUUUUUCCCUCCUCUCUGUCCUUCCUGGAGAUGACAGCUGCAUGCUGCAGUACAGUGUAGCUCUCUGGGACAUGGCCAAAGUUACUAUUUAUCAAGUUGGAAUUAAUUCACAAAGUAUCAUCAGUUUAUUGAAACGCAGUGCAUACUUCACAGCUGAACCCGAUCAGCCAUCAUCUACUCUCUACAGCAAGAGUCACUGAUUUCAAUUUGGAACCUGAACCUUGAUUUGAUUUUCCCUCUGAAGUCAGUGCUAGCAUCCCAAAUGUUACUGGCCCAACCUGUUCAGCACAGUCUAGACAACAGACUGCGUUCCUCAUAAUAAAGAUCAAAACAGUCUUGUAACAUACUGGUUGGUACAAUCAGUUAGAUUCUCACUGGGAGAUAUUUUAAUAAUAUUGGGGAAACGCAGGAGAAAAUAAGAGAGAAAAAUCAAAAAUUAAGUUAAACAAUAAUAUUUGCUGAGAAUAAAUGGUGAACAUUUUGAAUUUACAGAAUUAAGAAGGCCUUCACUAGCCUCCCAUGUGUAGUGACUGUACAAACAGUUAAUAUUUGUAAAAUCAGUAAACCAACUGUAUACUGUGUAUGAUAGAUCAGUGCUAUUGAAUUAGCCAUUACUUCACUGAAUAAAUGGUAAAUUCAUAGAGUCCUUACCCUUGUGAGUACACAGGAACUCCAGUUAAAUACAUGAUGAGUGACCCUUAGCUUAUGAAUUAACAGAAUAUACAGAAUCAUUAACUUUUACCCUGCUGAAUAAAAGGAGCUCAGGACAAAAGACUUUUUUUUAUCCUGGUGAAUAAAGAGGAGUUCAGUACAAUUGCAUGGUAAGGACUUCAUGCAGCCAAAUAAACAGUAACCGUACAGUUAUGUGAAGAGAAACUCUUAUUUUGCCAGGUAAGCAGUAACUCCACACAAUCUUAGAUAAUAACUUUCACAUGCUAAACAAACUAAAUUUCACUCAACAAGUAACUGCUGAAGUUAUGUGAGUAUUCUACAGUUGUGUGAGUUCUUACCUUACUGAAUGCAUCAUUCCAGAUUAAUUCCUGACACGUAAUUCUUACUCAAUUGAAACGGAAAAUCAUUUGACCAGAUGCUAAUUAUUAUUCACUGAAUACGCAGGAACUGUAUGUGAUUUCACAGCAAGUGCUUUGAUCAUUAAUGCCACUAAAUUUUGGAGAACUGAAACAAUUAUGAGUAAAUAUCAACAUUGGUGAAAAGAGGAUCCUCUUGCUGAAAUUUUUCACCUCACACUCAAGGACAAAGGCAACAAAUGCCAAAUUUCAAAAUGAUUGCAGCAGAUUUUGGGUACAGAAGAAAAGGGAAGCUGCUCAGUUGCCAGUUCAACUCUGAUUGGCCAAAGCUUGUCUAUUGAGAACAUGAUACGGAACUAUAGGCUCCCUAUGCUUCUGGAUAAUACAAAAAAGCAGCAAGGCUGUAAUGUAUUCCUUUUAUUUGUAGAGUGAAUCCUGGCUUGAGUGCCUUUGAAGAAUAGCCAGAGGAACAUGACAUUCGAUUCAGUCAGUAAUUGGAAUGUAUAGCACUGAAAUUUAUUCACAAUAUUUCCCAACUGUGUGGUAGGCAAAAUAUCUAUUUGAAUAGAUGGCAACCCUAUUAGUGAAAAAUACCACUUCUACAACAGCAUUGUAUCAGUGUGAUUAUCCCUUUAUUUUAAUUCUUGAGAUAUUUUGCUUUUCUAGGGAAUUUUGAGUACACUGAACUCCACUUAAAUUCGAAGGUGACAGCCUUUUACAAGCUUACGCGACACCCAGUGAAUGAUUUGAUCAGGAUAGCAAUUGUCCUGCGGAACAAUUUUGAUUCACACUUUCAAGUUGAGCAAAUCAAUAGCACCCUACUGACGUGUAUUCACCAUGGCAGCACUUUUUCUCUGGAUUGUAAAUUGUGAUCAUUUGAAAGACAA